AAUGGCUUUCCGGUCUGCUGGAACACAGUUAGCGACUGAUCCAGAAAGAUGGUAGUGCUUGCUGGGAGGUUGCUGCUGCUGCCGCUGCUGCUGUUGGUGAUGCUGGCUGGUCUGGUACAGGCUGAGGACACCAAGACUGACUGUGUUGAGGCUGGUGGACGCUGUCUGUCUGCCCAACAAUGUGAAGUUCCGUUGUCUCAACAUGUCUGCAGGAAGGAUGAUCAAGUCUGCUGCAUGACGCCAACAAAUGAAAACGACGAAAGAAAGAUACAUAAAAGCAGAAGGAAGAUGAAAAUUAAGAAGAGAAAACAACACCGGAGGAAUCAUAAGCACACUAAGAAAAUUAAUGGCAAUUCACAUAAAUUGAAGGAGCGCAAAGGAAAGCUGAAGAAAAUGAGAGCCGGUGGUUCAUACGGAAGAGAGAAGGACUGUAAUGGCGUCGGUGGAUUUUGUGCCCACAAGAAGACAAAGUGCAAGAAACACAAAGCCAAGGGUUGCUCCAAGGGAGAAAAAUGCUGUACUGGUAGCGGUGAAUCCUCACACGGUGGACACGGUGGUGGUAUUGUGGGCCUUCCUGGACCCCCAGGACCUCCAGGUCAAGCAGGAGCUCCUGGUGUUCCUGGUCCUCCAGGUCCUUCAGGAUCUAAUGGCUCUCCUGGUUCUGCUGGUCCUCCUGGAUCUAAUGGCUCUUCUGGUGUUUCUGGUGCUCCUGGUCGUCCUGGAUCUAAUGGCUCUCCUGGUGUUUCUGGUGCUCCUGGUCGUCCUGGAUCUAAUGGACCUUCUGGUGCUUCUGGUGCUCCUGGAGCUAAUGGAUCUCCUGGCCCUUCUGGAGCUAAUGGGUCUCCUGGCUCUUCUGGACCUGCUGGUGCUCCAGGUUCUCCUGGCCCUCCUGGAAAUAAUGGGCCUACUGGCUCUCCUGGUAAUAAUGGGUCUGCUGGUGCUCCUGGUGCAUCCGGUGCUCCUGGUGCAUCCGGUGCUCCUGGUGCAUCCGGUGCUCCUGGUGCGUCCGGUGCUCCUGGUGCUUCAGGUGUUUCUGGGGCUCCUGGUGUUGCUGGUUCUCCAGGGCCUCGAGGUCCUCCAGGAGAUAAAGGCCCUAUGGGUCCUCCCGGUCCUUCCGGUUUAAAUGGUACUAAUGGCAUGAACGGUACCAAUGGUGUUAAUGGUGUUCCCGGCACAAAUGGUUCAGUAGGACCGCCAGGUCCUCCUGGUCCUGCUGGCCCUGCUGGUACUAAUGGCACUAACGGAGCUGCUGGACCACCAGGUCCUUCUGGUGCUAAUGGCAGCCCAGGUCCUCAAGGCUCACCGGGAUCCCCAGGGCCAGCAGGACCUGAAGGGGCUACAGGAGCCCCUGGACCUAUAGGACCUGCUGGACCUGCAGGAUCAAUAGGACCUUCAGGCCCUGCCGGCAGCCCUGGACCUGCAGGGUCAGUUGGACCAGUAGGCCCUCCAGGGUCACCAGGACCGGCAGGAAAUCCCGGACAGGGUGGUGGUCCUCCCGGAAGGAGAAGGAGAUUAUAAGAAUAAUAAAAUUAAAUGAAAAAACUUGUGAUGUUUUGGUUCUAGUAAAAGUAUAUAAAAUAUUCCAACUUCGGCAUGUAGUGCAACAAACAGGUGUGCUAUUGCAACUUCUACCAGUGCUGGUAUCAAGACCCCUCACCUGCUGUAACAAACACCAAACAAUCGAGGAUUUGGAAAUCUCUUGAAACUUUGCAGCUUGGCGAAUAUUCCGCUGAUGUUUGAGUAAAAAUACGGGGAAAAAAUAAUGGGCAUCUGCACGGCAGCAAAUCUUACUGACACCACAGUUUUAUAACAGUUUUUAUGACCGCAGCGAAUGUUAAAACACCGAGAGAACACUCGAGUAUGAGUUACGGUACUUGGACAUCGCAAACUGCAUCGUAAUUUUAGAGGCUUUUACAAAUUAUCAUAUAUUUUCGCGUUAACAGUUUGUGUAUAGGCUGUGACAGCCGAGUUACCAGAUCUUGUCAUGGCUAAUCUUACAGAUCUUGUAUUACACGGAGGCUCCUGUACAGUGCAAUGUGUAUUACACGGAGAGUCCUGUACACUGUAAUGUGUAUUACACGGAGGCUCCUGUACAGUGUAAUGUGUAUUACACGGAGGCUCCUGUAUAGUGUAAUGUGUAUUACAAGACACAUCUCACCCACUGCACCAAAUAUAUUAUCAAAACAUUAAAUAUUUCUACGUCAAACUACAUGUAAUGUAGUGUGUACUGAUUUUUGCACUGAUUGUAAUGUAUCUUGU